AUGAGCACCUCCUUCGCCUCGGAUGUCGCUGGGACCAGCGCGUAUAGUGUAAGAGGGACGACGAGGCCGACUAUCUCUAUGGUACCAGUAGAGGUCUUAUCGCAGGCCUUUGCGCACUUGGGGGACGACUUCGCAGCGCGCUACCUCGAUCUCGUCCUGGACAUCCCAAACGUCGCCGAGUACCGAUACGUACGCACCCCAGACCUAGACGAUGAAUAUUCUGGCCAUAUACGUGGGAUCAUGCGCAGCGAAUCGCCGUGUUUGAUCGUGACUCGCGUGUGUCGACAGUGGUACAGCGUCGCCAUUUCUACGCCGCAGCUUUGGACAUGCCCACCCAUCUUUCACGCAGGCGGAACAGCAACUUUCCUGGCACGCUCGGACGCCGUCCCUCUUGAAUGGCCGCUCGUGGCCUCGCAACUGCGAUCCUCUACGUUGGCAGAUCCAGACAGGCAGCGCACAUUGAUGCCUGUGCUCAUGCCGAAGACGUAUGGCUUGCUCUGGCUGCACAACACGGAUAUACAAGAGACGCGGGACAGCGUGGGCUUACCCGGUCAUCCUAUCUCCUUAGCAGAGGUUGAACAAGCGCUGAGCCUCCGCACCGACGCGUUACAGGCCCUGUACGUUGUCAAUCGCGGAGCAUACCGGCCAACAGACCAGCUCCCGGGACAGCUCUCAGAGCCAUCACCACCUCCUUUGCAUACGCUCUAUAUACGCGCUAGACGUAUACGUGCGGACCACCCGCUACUCGCGUCCAACCUACAGUCGUUGACGCUGACCUCUGUUGCCUCGGUGUGGGGCGACAUCGAUGGAAUGUUUGACACCCUCGCGGGCCUUCCGGAGCUCGAAAGACUCGUUCUGCGCGCGACCGCGCGCGGGUCCAUCGUCGAGAUCGAGCCCACAAUUGCAGUGACUCUUGCUAGCGAGCGACGAGUGUCCCUCCUAAGAAUCCAGGACUUGACACUCGACGACAGGAUGAGAACUCUGGCAGGAAUUCUCUAUGGCCUCGCCAUUCCCCAGUCCUCUUUCCGGGACAUUACGAUCACGAUAUUCGACGAAGAGUCAAUCGCGGGCUUCUGUCGAGCGUUGGACGCGCACUACCAGCGACAGUCGCCCGACAAUGGGUUCAAGGGCUUCGAGCACAUGUGCAUAGAAGUCGGCGGUGACCCGAAGAGCACGCUCAUCCGCGCUUGCAUCUUGCAUGCUGGGCCUGGUCACCUUACACUCCCGACUGUCGCUCGUCGCGCCGAUAUCCUCAGCGAGCGUGCCCAUUUUAUGCUAAGAACCUUCAAUCACACCCGCGAGUUCGUCUCCUCGUUGGAGCUCUUGUCCGGCACGCCUGUCGUCUGUCUUCAAGGCAUCGCACACGAUUCCGUCUCUCACAUGUAUAACAUCAAGUGGCUCAGCGUCGACCCAUUCCUCUCCGCGAAAUUCGUCUCAGAUGCCGCGGAGGGACGUCUUGAUGCCUCACUCAUGUCGGAACUGGUCGUCUUACAGUUCGAAGGCGUCGUUUUCUCGACGAAUGGCGGAGUGAGGGAGAGUGAAGACGAUCCAGAACCGAUUGACAUGCGUCAACUUCUGCCGUGGCUAUCUUCGUUGAGUUCAAAAAGGACGUUCCGUCUGCUUUGCCUCUUCGAUUGUGGCAUAAAACACAUCGCGCAGGUCACAUCUUUGAGGACCGUCCUUGGGGAGGAGCGUUUAUACUGGGAUGGGAAAUUGGCUGGCGAAGCUCGUAACCCUACAGCUACGAUUGCCGAACCUGUCUGA